CAACAAUUGUAGACAAUAUGAUUACGCUCGUUGCGUAUAUAUAUGUUGGGUUAUCAUUAGAAUUUAGGGAACGUAACGAUUCUUCGUUUGAAUUAGCCAUCGUUUUACAAAACAGAGAUUAUAUUUACGCGUAUAUACAAGACUUUUACAAAGUAUAAUGAAUAUUGAGUUUAACGAAUAAUAAGUUUAACGAAUAAUAUGUUUUACGAAUAAUAAGUUUAACGAAUAAUGAGAUUAAUGAACGCUAUUAACAAUGUUCUUGGGUUCAAACGAAUCCAUGGUCAACGAGAUAACUCUUUACUAUACGUAGAAUAAUUUUUUUAUUAAAGGUCAAUAUUAAAACCUUGAGCAACAGUUAAAGUGAAAGGUAAUUCAAGUAACCUGUUUCAUGAAAUGUUAGUAUGAUUCGAGAUAUAGCCUGAACACUACGCCAGUUUAUAUUCUCAGAUCCUGCAAACUGUACGUCUUCUUCCAUAUUAUUUAUUCACGAAAAUGCAAAAGUGGCAAAACAGAAAUACAUAAUAACAAAAUUACGUAUAAAAUUACAAGAAUCGUUGACUGUAAAACAAAUUCCUUAGAAACUAUAACUGAAUGGCGAUUCAUACAUGUAUACAUGUCAAUAAUGAAACUGUAUAGCGUUUCCGAUGGACCACCAUCUCUUGCCUGUCGCCAAGCAUUAAAAGCUUUAAAUAUUCAAUAUGAAUUAAUCGAAAUGGACUUUGGCAAAGGAGAUCACAUGACAAACGAAUAUGCACAAUUAAAUCCACAAAAAGAAAUACCUGUGUUAGUCGACGACGAUCUUAUAAUGGGAGAAAGUAAUGCUAUUCUACAAUAUCUUGGCGACAAAUAUGACACAGUAGGAAAACUAUACCCGAAGGAUCCAGAGAGUCGUGCAAGAGUUAAUCAUCGAUUGUGCUUUAAUUUGGCUAUGUAUUACCGUAGUAUUUGUGACUAUGUGUUGGUUCCUAUAUUCUUUGAUUGUAAAAGAACAUCUCUGAAUCUGAAGAAAAUGACAAUGGCACUAGAUGUUUUUAAUACAUAUUUACAACGUGAACAUACAGAAUACGUUGCGGGCAAUACGCUGACCAUCGCCGAUUUCCCCUUAGUUACUGCAACUAUGUGUCUAGAAGCGAUCGAUUUCAAAUUAAAUUCGUGGCCUUACAUAGAAAAAUGGUAUAAUAAUUAUAAACAGAAACAUCCAGAAUUAUGGGAAAUCGCUGCAGAAGGUAUGCGAGAAAUUAGUUACUACGAGAAGAAUCCACCUGAUUUGUCUGAUCUGGAUCAUUCGAUUUAUCCAGUUCGCAAAAGCAAUAAAUAACUUAACAUAUAAGUUAUAAAAUGCAAUUAUUUUAUAACGGUUCUACAUAUAUGAAAUGCUAACACAUUUUUAAAAUUAAAUGUUAAUAUACGUAUAUUACUACGUUCUCUAAUAAAUUAAAUGUUUUUACUGAUAUUGA